AUGGGGCCAACGAAAGGCGCCGCAAAGCCCAAGACUUCUGGAAAAGGCGACUCGAAGAGCAAUAAAGUCCUCGGCUCAAAAGUGAGCAAGAAGAAUGUCAAGCGACCGCCGCCAAAGGAGGUGAAAUCCAAGGCGCGCACCGAGUCAAGUCAACUCAAGAAGACCAAGAAGAGAGAAUACUCAGAGGCAGAGCUGGAUCUACCCAAGUUAAAUAUGAUUACGCCUGUUGGUGUGAUGAAUCCCAAGGGGAAGAAGAAGGGAAAGACCUUUGUUGAUGACCCGGAGGCGAUGAUGACUAUUUUUGCUAUGGUUAAUGCAGAGAAGGAGGGCCAGAUCGAAUCUAAGAUCAUGAAGGCUCGACAAUUGGAAGAGAUCCGUGAGGCAAAGAAGAAAGAGGCGGAAGCUAGACAGUCGGAGAAGAAAAAUAAACUGGAAAAUGUGAAAGAUUCAAUCCGCCAAAAUCGCAAGGGCAAAGGCGGCGCUUCGCAGAACGCAAAGUCAAAUAAGGCUGAUAAGGCUGGGGCAGAGAGUCCAAAGCCGAAAUCAGGCAGCAAAAAGAAGAGCGUUGCCUUUGCUUGA